AUGUCUGACAAGGAAGAAAUGGCUACAGAUGGGAAUCUGAAUGUUACACUGACACUGAGGCUGCUAAUGCAUGGAAAGGAAGUUGGCAGCAUAAUUGGAAAGAAAGGAGAAACAGUAAAGAAAAUGAGGGAGGAGAGUGGUGCUCGUAUCAACAUAUCAGAGGGAUCAUCUCCUGAGAGAAUAGUUACCAUCACAGGACCCACUGAGGGCAUCUUCAGAGCUUUCUCCAUGAUUGCAGAGAAGUUUGAGGAGGAUAUUACGGCAGCAAUGACAAACAGCAACGUGACAAGCAAGCCACCUGUGACACUUCGCCUGGUUUUCCCAGGGAGCCAGUGUGGCUCACUGAUUGGCAAAGGUGGCUCAAAGAUCAAAGAGAUCAGAGAGACCACAGGCGCCCAGGUUCAGGUGGCAGGAGACAUGCUGCCGGACUCUACAGAGAGGGCUGUCACGAUCUCCGGCACUCCACAGGCCAUCACUCAGUGUGUAAGACACAUCUGCUCUGUCAUGCUGGAGUCUCCUCCAAAGGGAGCAACUAUUCCCUAUCGUCCCAAGGCCAUACCUGCAGGAGCCCAUGCAGUAUUAGCACAACAGCACUCUGCACAAGCCUUUGCAAUUCCAGGGCAGUAUGCUUUUGCGCAUCAAGAUUUGACCAAGCUUCACCAGUUGGCUAUGCAGCAUAUUCCCCUCCCUUCCCUUGGGCAGAGCAACCCUACCUUCCCUGGAUUGGAUGCAUCUGCCCCCACAAGUUCACAAGAGCUGGCAAUACCUAAUGAUUUUAUUGGCUGCAUAAUUGGAAGACAAGGCAGCAAGAUCAAUGAGAUUCGCCAGGUCUCUGGAGCUCACAUCAAAAUUGCCAGUGCUACUGAUGGCUCAGCUAUGCGCCAAGUCACGAUCACGGGCUCUCCGGCCAGCAUCAGCGUGGCCCAGUACCUCAUCAACGCCAGCUUAGAGAUGGCUAAAUACACCAUGCAGGCCGCUUCCUCUGUGAACCCAGUUGACCUCAACAUGAACUUCUCUCAGUCUGCUCCCAAUGCCUCCACUGCUGCUACCUCUAUGGCCGUCCUGGCGGCCACCACCCAAGCCCCCACCAUUAACGUCCACUCUCCCUCCACCUUACAAACCAUCCAAAACCCGCACUACGCCCUCCCCGUUUCCAGCCUGCUUGGCAUGAAAACUCUCCCUGUUCUGACUGUUCACCCAGCAGCCGCUUCCGGCCUAACACACGGUUUAUCCCCUUACACCGCAAAAAUACCGGCCCCCGGCAUCAAAAAAUCUGAGCGGCAGAAGUUUGCUCCCUAUUGAUGUCUGCUUUUUAAGUAUAGUCAGUGUGGCUGACUGGUAAGGCAUUAUUAAAUGAUGGCGAAGUAUUAAUAUUUGACAUUUAGGCCUAAAAAGAGCUUACGCCAGUGUGUGUAAGUUUUGCCGGUGUAGCACUUGUUUUCCAUAAAUCAGGAGACUAUUAGAGACAGACUUAAAGGACUGUAGUAUCAAAAUAUGUCCUUAAUUAAAACAGGCAGCAUGGAACAUAUUAACUCAGUAUUAUCUUACAGACUUGCAUAGCAAUUAAUGUUGGUAACUCAGGCUUGUAAAAGUAUCCAAGAAGACGGUAUUUUUUCAUUUCAUGUGGCAGAGCUUUAUAUGAACAUUUACUCCAGGAUACGUAUUUUCCAUGAUGCAAAUAUUGACUUAGUUUUCUAUCUGUGUAAGUAGUUUACAAUCACUUUUUUGUUAGAGAAUGCAAACUAGUGUCAUGAGACUUGGUGCUCUGUUGGCAGCAGGCUGUUAAAAUGUUUGUCUUAUACAAUAGAAGUAAGUGUGUUAGUUUUUUUUUUCUUAUUUCAAAAAGGAUUGCUCCACUCUUCUGUCAUGUUUCCUCCUUUCCUUCACUAGGCUCUCAUCAGUGCUAACAGGCUUGGGUGUUCUGUAGUAGCAUUGCACUGUUGCAGCUCUGAUGGGAUUAUCCUAAAGCCACAUUGGAUUCUAGCGGAUUUCACUCUACACAGUAAUCCUGUAGAGCGGGACUGGUCUAACUAACUCAUUUAUUGUUCCUGUGCGCUAACUUGUUUCUUGUUUAUUUCCCCCCAAACCCAUAAGAGUGGAAAUGCUUCAACUUUUCAGCGUCUGAAAUGGACGCAGAGCAAUUAUUGUAAUAAAUGUUUUAUUCAUUUGUUCCUGGUGUGGG